CCUGAUAACAGGUUCAUGAAUUUUGGGACUCAUUAUUACACAUGAAUGAGGUACUUUGUAAAUUUUUUAUGCUUGUAGGAAGCUGGGUUGGGCUGGGCUCGCAUGGUUGUAAGAAGUAAAAGAACAGCAGCUAAAGCAAAAAGCAAGCGGGAAAGAAAGAAAAUGAAGAAUGAACAGAAUUGAUCAGAGCGAUUGUGAGUUAGUGUUAAGCAUAGAACCAAGUACGAUACUUUCUCUUAUGGGUUCCUUCUUCUCUUUCUUCCUCUCUCUCCUCUCUGCAAUUUCGAGUUCUUUCUUCCUUCGACCUCUGCUGCUGCACAUUCCGCUUUCCCACUUCACAAUCCACCUCGCACAUCCACGCUAGUUGAGUGCCCAUAACUAUAAAGCAUACGAGGGUUUCGUUGCUAAGCUUCGGGGACUAGUGUGAAAUGGUGAUCUUCGGGACUGUUGUUCCUGCUGCACCACUUGGAGAUGAAGUUGCGGCGCGGUUUGGCGAUUUUCCUUUGGAAGGGAAUCCAUAUGAAGGAACUAGGCGAAUGCGUAUAUAGAUUUCAUUCUUCUUCUGUGAGUUAGUGGAAAUAUAAGCAGCAGGCCAUCCAUCCAUCCAUCAGUUGUUUAAUUUUCUACUGGAAAAAAAAAAAAAAAGAAAAAACCCAGUUGAGCAGACUUGUUGGAUUUCCAUGAUGUACAGCUGUGAAUUUGGGGUUUUGAAGGAGUUUGAUCGAGACUGACUGCUGCUAUUGCUAGUUGGUGAAUUGAAUUCAUUGGAGAAAUGCCAGUGUCCCCUGCGAAUAGAGUUAGAGGGGCCGGGGGGCUGAGGGUGGACAAUCAUAAGAGAGGGCAGAGUUUCGAGAGCGCCAUUCUGUUUCGCGAGAGGGAUGAUGAUCAUGAUCUUGCCCUAUUCAAUGAGGUUCAGAAUCGGGAGCUGGAUGCUUUCUUGCUCCACUCCAACAAUGAUGACUUUGACGAUGUUUUCUCGACAAAAUUAAGAUACUUCUCUGACUACAAGCUAGGAAUCUCCAUUCCUGCUCGUGGAGAGAGCAGCGAUCUGCUCAAGGCAGAAAAAGAUAAAAAUGAUUACGAUUGGUUGAUUACUCCUCCUGAUACUCCGCUCUUUCCUUCAUUGGAUGAUGAGGCACCGCCAGUUUCUCUUGUCCCUAGGGGUAGACUGAGGGGUCAGCCCAUUGCCAUGUCGCGAUCAUCUACGAUGGAGAAGGGCAACCCAAGUGCCAGAAGUAGUGCCAGUCCUCACCGUUUUAGUCCUCCUCCUCCUCGCUCUGGUAAUAGUCCGUUGCAGCAUAGAAGUAGGCAGUUUUCUGCUACACAUGCUAGCCCACCUCCUACUUUGCGACAUUAUUCUCCAUCAAGACGACUGUCUCCCCCACCGAGUAAACCGUCACCUGCUGGAAGGUUUGGCACACCAUCACCUAGGAGAACAAACUCUUGUUCAUCUGAUACGUCUGGACCAUCGAGGGCCAGAGGAACCUCCCCGAUCAAGACAGCUCGGGGCAGCUCUGCCUCGCCAAAAAUCAAAGCCUGGCAAUCUAACAUUUCAGGCUUUUUAUCAGAAGCUCCUCCUAAUCUUCGAACAUCACUGGCUGAUAGGCCAGCAUCAUACGUGAGAGGGUCCUCGCCAACAUCAAGAAAUAGCUCUAGAUCAGACCGACAAUCUAUUUCUCCAACUGCUACCAGAAGCAUGGGCUCAUCUCAGAGUCUAGAGAAGGGGCAAUUUAGUUCCUACAGCAAAAGCUCAAUUGUGUCAUCUGGUAAUGAUGAUAGAGACUCACAACAAUCCAAUUGUAUCACCAGUUUAGAUCACUCUGUCUCACAAAACACGGAUACUUUUCCAAAUAAUAGAGCUAUGGGCUUCUCAAAAAAACCAAAUAAGAUAUUGUCAAAUUCAGCUCCAAAACGAUCCCUCGACUUGGUACUUCGACAAAUGGAUCGGAAGAGUCCUCAGAAUAUGUUUAGGCCCCUACUGUCCAGUGUCCCUAGCUCAACAUUCUAUGUAGGGAAAGCGAAUGUGCAUCAAUGUCCGGUGGCAUCCCGAAAUUCUUCUAUUACAACCAGCAGCAAUGGAAGUUCUUUUCAAGGAAUGAGUGGAGCACCUGAUAUGGAAGAAAGCAUUCAAAACCCGGACGAUGUGGCCUGUGAUUUUAUGGCUGGGCAAUAUUCAGCCGUACAUGAAGAAGCAUUAACAGAAGCUGCAGACGACACAUCUGGUUGUCACGGUGAAAAUGAUGUCAGUGUAGCUCCUUUUCAGUCUGGUGUUGCUGAAAGCCAUCUUGAAAUUGCUGUCUUGGAUAGAAAGUACGGUUCUUCAGAUAUGAAUGAGUCUCAAGAUAUGGAAGUAUGCUCUGGAUGCAAUCUUGGGUUUCAUCCGAGUGAAUUAUCUAUGGAAGGAGAUCAAUGGCUCUGCCAUGAGUGCAAGCAUUCGGAAGUGAAUUCAGAAGUAAGGCCUGUCAUGACAUCUGAGAAUGAUACAGAGGAUUUCUUCCAGAUUCUGGAGUGUGGGUUGCGUAAGGAUUCACAACAAUCUGACUUGAUUACAGGUUCAGUACAAAUUAACUGUUGCGGUGAAAGGGGCCCUAAGUUGAACAACGAUCUCGAGAGCAUUGCCGGCAUUCCGGGUGGCCUAUUAAAGGCCAUUGUUUCACCAGAUAAAGAUACAGAUACAGAUACGGGAGUGUCAUUGAUGUUCAAGGGAUCUAACGUUGCCAAAAGAUAUAUCGUCCACAGCAAGAGUUUCACUGCUAGUAACACCAGUUAUGAUGAUUUUUCUUAUGUGAGGGGUAGUUCAACUAGCAUGAGAAGCUCCAUUGGCCAUAGUAGUGCAUCAUUAUCAUCUUCAAUUGAUCUAGGGUCCUCUAGGCAAUCUGACACUCACAUUCAUUGGCAAUCAAUCGGGCAAAAGUCAGAUACAGAAAACUACAGAUACGUCACUUCUUCAAAGCACCGGCGUUCUGUCUCAUCUUUGUCCUGUGCUUCAGGUAAUCCAUACCAGGUCUCUAGCGUGGCACCAAGUUGUCCCGUGGAUUCUUUGGAACUAGUAGCCUCAAGCGAAGACAAAGAUUUUUUAGGAGUAACUUGUGAUCAAUCACUGGCUCCGGAAUGUACAGAAGUGGAAAGUACAUGCACUGUUGUAGAGAGCAACAUAAUCCCUAGAAAUGCAGCAGAACUAUCAAGCCAAUUGAUGGAUGAUUCUUCUGGACGUACCUCAGUGGUUUCAGAAGAACAGGAAUCACAUGAGAGUGGGGGCAACAUAGCAGACAAAAGUUGUAAUUUUUUGGAUGGAGAAACAUUGUCAGUGUCGCAAACUUGUGGUGAAAGGGAAGAUGGCACACAGAGUUCAUGUGUUAGCAGUCAGAACACUGUUCCCCAUCGAAGCUCUUUGGAUGCUAUCUCAGAAAUGGAAGUCUGGAAUUUUGAUAAUGUUUCUGCUGAUGUGCCGGCUACUGUUGGUUCACCAAACAUAAACAAGUGUAGAGGUAAAUUGACGGAGCUUUGUGUUUCAGUGAUGUGUGAUGAUGCUGUGACAACUGCUGUCGGAAAAUACGGCAUGUCUGUUCCGAUAAACAACAUUACAGAUGAGAGGUGUGGAACUAAGUCUAGAAGCCUGACACUGGAAGAAGCAACAGAUACAAUCCUUUUCUGCAGCUCCAUUGUCCACAAUAUUGCAUAUGAAGCAGCAGAUAUAGCAACGACCCCGACAACAACAUUUGUUGAUAAAACAAACUCCGACAGAAGAGAUGUGCGUUUAAGAACACUUGGGAAGCGGAACUCUAGAUCCCAGAAAACAAGAUUGGAAACAAAGUUGAUGGGCGAAGCCGAUGAAAAUUCAAGCCCUCCUCCACAAAUUGUGAGGUGUCGAAGUAAGCUUGGCAGCAGCAGCAGUGUGUAUCCUCCAAAGCUGGAAUCCAAAUGUAACUGCAGAAUCAUGUAAUGUUAGCCUGUUCUGGUCUGGGCCAGCCGUUCACUCUCUCACUCUUCUUCUUUUCUAAUCCAUUUGUAAAGUUGUACUUGUUAAGGAAGGCAAUUUGAUGAGGAUGGCUUGCCUUGUCGCUCCCUCCCUACCUCCCUCUGCCGUAUUUUUGUAAGUUCAGUUCCCCUCCCCUCCCCACCCCUCCCUUCAUCGGUUCCUACCCUACCCAGACUUGAUAAAAUAGAUAGAACAUCAUUUAUUCUUUCUUUUGCAUCUAAUUCAAAUACACGCCUUCCUUGCUUUAGUAAUUGCUGCAGUCUGCUAUCUAUUUCCAUUCAGUCUC